UUCAAAGCCACGUUAUCAAAUAUCAAUUGUGCCGUGUACUCAUGAUUCAUGAAUUUCACUAUCAUUUAUGACAUCGCUCAUGAUCUAACAGAUUCACAUUUGAUAACGAACUCUUGAGGGAAGAUUAAAGAUUACAAAAAACAAAAUGCAAAGUGUAAUUAAUCAGAUACCGAAAUCAUCCUACGAUGAGGAGGAGGAGGAGGAGGCGGUGUCACGGCGAAUAGAGAGGGUGCGGCGGCACUUGGAAGGCGUUCCCUAUUGUGUGAGGACGGGGCAGGUGGAGAUGGUGGCGUGCGCGAGGGUGAAUUUGAACGUGGAGACGGCGGCUCUGUCGGGAUACAUGAGGGGGAAGUACAGGGACAUUCAGGAGAAGGUGUACGAGUACUUCAACAAGAAGCCGGAGCUGCAGACGCCGGUGGAGAUCCUCAAGGAUGACUACCGUGAGCUCUGCAUGAGGCAGCUGCUGGGGCUAGUCAGGGAGGCGGGAAUCAGGCCUUUCCGCUACGUCAGCGACGACCCUGCUAAGUACUUCGCCAUCGCCGAAGCCGUUGGCAGCAUCGACAUGUCCCUCGGCAUCAAAAUGGGCGUCCAAUACAGCCUGUGGGGUGGUUCUGUGAUCAAUUUGGGGACUAAGAAGCACAGGGACAAGUACUUUGAUGGCAUUGAUAGCUUGGACUAUCCCGGUUGUUUUGCUAUGACCGAGCUUCACCACGGUUCAAAUGUGCAGGGCCUCCAAACUGUCGCCUCCUUUGAUCCAAUCACAGAUGAAUUUGUCAUUGAUACGCCAAAUGAUGGCGCCAUCAAGUGGUGGAUUGGCAAUGCUGCAGUGCAUGGCAAGUUUGCCACUGUUUUUGCCAGGUUGAAGCUACCUGCUUAUGAUACAAAAGGAGCUGCUGAUAUGGGUGUCCAUGCCUUCAUAGUUCCCAUAAGGGACAUGAAGACCCAUCAGCCACUUCCAGGAGUUGAGAUUCACGAUUGCGGUCAUAAAGUAGGCCUCAACGGUGUGGAUAAUGGAGCAUUGAGAUUCCGCUCUGUGAGAAUUCCUCGAGACAAUCUGCUAAAUCGAUUUGGAGAUGUUUCCCGUGAUGGGAAGUAUACAAGUAGCCUUCCUACCGUAAAUAAGCGCUUUGCUGCAACCCUAGGAGAACUUGUAGGUGGUAGGGUGGGCCUUGCAUAUUCUUCGGUUGGUGUCCUGAAGAUUGCAGCCACAAUUGCCAUUCGGUAUUCUCUGCUUCGUCAGCAAUUUGGACCUCCAAACCAGCCUGAAGUGUCUAUUCUUGAUUACCAGUCUCAACAGCAUAAGCUUAUGCCAAUGCUGGCUUCAACUUAUGCUUUUCAUUUUGCCACUGCAAAUUUAGUGGAGAAAUACGCUGAAAUGAAGAAAACCCAUGAUGAUGUAUUAAUUGCAGAUGUCCAUGCUCUUUCGGCAGGUUUAAAGUCUUAUAUUACUUCAUAUACUGCAAAGUCACUCAGCACCUGUAGGGAAGCCUGUGGAGGCCAUGGUUAUGCUGCUGUAAACCGGUUUGGUUCCUUGAGGAAUGACCAUGACAUUUUUCAGACGUUUGAAGGAGACAACACGGUUCUUCUUCAACAGGUUGCAGGUGAUCUUCUAAAACAAUACAGAGCAAAGUUCAAAGGCGGGGCUUUUACAGCGACAUGGAACUACCUGAAAGAAUCCAUGAAUACAUAUCUGUCACAGCCAAAUCCAGUUACAGCUCGGUGGGAAGGCGAGGACCAUUUGAGAAAUCCGAAGUUUCAGUUAGAUGCUUUUAGAUACCGAACAUCCAUAUUACUUCAGAGUGUUGCUGUACGACUCCAAAAGCAUUCUAAAACUCUUGGGGACUUUGGUGCAUGGAAUAGGUGCUUGAAUCACCUUUUGACACUUGCAGAGUCACAUAUUGAGUCAGUCAUCCUUGCUAAAUUCAUUGAUGCUGUUCAAAGCUGUCCUGAUCCAAGCUCUCAAGCUGCUCUCAAGCUUGUGUGUGAUCUUUAUGCUCUGGAUCGAAUACGCGAUGACAUUGGAACCUACCGUAAUGUUGAUUAUGUGGCUCCCAACAAAGCCAAGGCGAUCAACAAAUUGACGGACUAUCUGAGUUUCCAAGUGAGGAAUAUUGCAAAAGAACUCGUAGAUGCAUUUGAUCUACCGCCUCAUGUUACAAGGGCUCCUAUUGCCAUGCAGUCAGAAGCGUACACGCAGUACACACAAAUUGUUGGAUUCGAAUAGCAGAACUGCAGCAUGGAGAAUUCACAUGAAAUUAAUAAUAAUAAAUAAAUAAUUUUUUUAGCGUAUUGUUGAAAUUGGAUUUCACUAGUUUCUUCAAGAUGAAUCAUCGAAAGAAAAUAAUACCAACACACACACACAAACCACGAUCAACAAACCAAAGCAGUUUGAGGCACGAAUUGGUCGAAAUAGAAAGUUAUUGUAUAAGAAGUAUAUUGUCUUUAGGAGAAACAAUUGCAAGACUACUCAUCCUGUUUCAUUGAUUGAAAAUUGUUGUUCAAGUUGGGCA